AUGGAUUCCGAAGAGGCACAGGCAAAAAGAUACCGAGAGUUCGAGGCCGCAAUUCAAAAGCUGAAUGACUUGGUAAAAACUCGAACGCUUGGUGCAAUUAUUGAGGAAGUGGGAAAAGCUACAGACAAAUUACAUCGACUCGAUAUUUUUCAAAAUUUAGAUGUAUUACUUGAUACCAGCGGUGACCCGUUGGCUCAACGUGGCGCACUCGAUGUCAUCUUAUCGGUGGAGGAAAAAAGUCGAUUUUGGAUCAAAACAGGGACCGAGAUUGGAAAUGAUGCUGGCAGCGCGAAUAUUUCUUUAAAUAUCCGAAAUGUGUUUGGCGGUGCAGAAACCCUGGAAGCCUAUAUGUCUGCCGGUACCCAAACUUCACACGUGUUUGAGCCAAUUAAUGGAAAUCCGGAUUCCAAGAUUGACAUCACCGCCUUUAGCUUAACCAGAAACAAUCAAAUCUACAGUUCUCAUGACGAGAUAUUGCGUGGUGUUGCAUUGAGGUGGAGGGGGAUUUCUCGUCUUGGAUUCCACGAGCUGAGUUAUGGUUCAACUUGGAGGCAAAUUUGUAAUGUAGCUCAAGAUGCUUCAUUAAGGUGA